AUGCACGAGCAGCUCGCGGGGGCGGACGCGGACGUGCGCAAAAAGUGUACGGCGCGCCUCGACGCGUUGCGGCGCAAGCUCGACGCGGGCGUGGCCGGCGACGAGCCGCGACGGUUCUUCGACGUCGAGAAGGCGCACGCGGCCCUCGAGGCGCUCGGCGAGGAUUUCGAGAUCGUCGAUAAGAACACGUUCCUCAAGGCGACGCGCCGGCUGAAGAAGCUGGAGGCCGCCCUCCAUUCCUACGAGACCACGGCCAAGGCGCGAAACACCGUCGACGGCGGCUGGCGGACGCCGGAACAGCUCGAGCACUUCCGCGCCGAUGUCCCGUACUGGAAGCAGCAGAUUCACGACGCCGCGCCGAGUUUCUCCGAGGCGGCGCAGAACCAGCACCAGGACCAGCAACUCGCGGCGCUCAAGGUCAAGGUCGCGCGCGAGCACCAGAUGCACCGCCUCGCCGCGGCGCACCUCAAGUUCUGGCACUUCUGGUUCCUGUUUCUGCCCGCGGCGCUGCUCACGAUGGUGAGCGGCAUAUUGGCGUUCCUCGCCACGUCCGAGCUGAUCGGCUCGAACACGGCAACGGUCCUCACGGUGCUCGUCGGCCUCCUCUCGCUCGUGGCGACGUUCAUUCAGACCAUCAACGACCGGCUCAAUUUCGGAGGCCGCGGCGACAUGCAUGCCUCUGCCGUGCUCGACCUGAAGCAGGUGCUCGACCAGCUCGAAUUCAAGCAAAUCAACGACAUCACGGACCGAGGCAAGAAGCCCGCGACCGAGGCGACGGGCGACCCGGCCACUCCACCAGGAUCUGAGUUCAUGGACGACCUCGAGCGGGGCGCGCUCUCGUCGAAGACGGUGGACACGUACAACGAGAUCUACGUGCAGAUCCAGUCGUCUUGUAAGUCCGCGGUGCCGCUGCGCAUCCAGCAAGCGUUCGCCAUGGCCGACUCGAUGCUGCUCCAUACUCUUGCGGCGAAGGCCGACGACAAAAGUCUCACGCACGAGCUCAACGACUGGGCGGGCCCGACGUGCACGAUAAGCAAAAACCUCUUCUCGGACGAGUUCGUCAACGCGCGCUUCAAGUUCCAGUUCAACAGCGUGCGGGGGAUGCUCUACGACCACAUCUACGGCAACAUCUCCUCGAGCCGUGGUUUCCCGAUCGUGCUGCCGAAGCCGCACCGCAUCGUCAACCGCGCGCUCGCGGAGCUCAAUCCGUGUGCUCCCGGGUAAUUCAUAUUCAUUUUAGAUUAG